GCUCCGGCUUGCAAACUGUUCGAUGGGGCUACGAUAAUUACGGUCAACGCAAGACGCGAAGUUAUUCGGAAUGGUUACGUUCGGGUCGACGGAGACAAGAUUACGGCGGUUGGAUCGGGCUCAUAUACAGGGGAUUUGCCGAUCGGAACAUCUGUAAUUGACUGCAGAGACAAAAUUAUCAUCCCGGGACUCAUCAAUACGCACGCUCACGUGGUUCAAUCCCUGCUCCGAGGACUGGCAGAGAAUCUCCCGCUACAUAAUUGGUUGUGUGAUGCAAUUUGGCCAUUGGAGGCAUCCUUUGAGGGUGGUGAUGGGGUUUGUGCAGCACGUCUGACGAUGGCCGAAAUGCUAAAGACAGGGACAACAUGCUUCCUGGACCCAAUGCUGACCUACCGUGCUGGAUUUGAUGGAAUUUGUGAGGUGGUUGGUGAAAUGGGCAUUCGGAGCUGUCUUGGAAAACUAGUCAAGUUCACCGAAACGAAUCGGCAAUUGUCGAUCACGGAUCCUCGAGAUCAAGAUCUAUUGGCAAUGUCAAUUCCAGAGCUGAUUAUUGCGCAUCAAAAACAUCAUACGAGCUACGAGGGCAGACUGCACGUCUGGGCAGCAGCGGGAACUCCUCGAGGAACGUCGAUCUCGCACUAUGUCGAGCUGGGCGAGACAUGCGCCCAGAAUGGUAUCUCCAUUACGAUGCACUGUGCGGAGGCGCCAAGGGAUCGGGAGAUAUAUCACGACCACUAUCACUGCAGCUCUAUGGAGUUUAUCCGAAAUGCCAAACUCUGUCCACAGUCACGAAUUUCCGAGGCCCAACAGGGCAAAUUGUCGCAUCGUCUUGUACUGGCGCACAUGGUGAAUCUCGACGAGGAGAUUGACAUCCCGCUCCUUGCAUCCACGCAAACGACGGUGGCCCAUAACCCAUCUUCAAAUCUCAAGUUGGCCUCCGGAGUAGCCCCGGUUCCACGCAUGCUGUCUGCACCGUCGCCAGUAAAUGUCUCUCUUGGAACCGACGGAGCGCCAUGUUCCAAUCACUAUGAUAUGUUCCAAGAAAUGCAUUUAGCGGCGAUUCUUCACAAAGGAGUCAACCAUGAUGCUAGCCUCAUCCCUGCCGAGGUCGCGCUGGAGAUGGCAACCAUCAACGGUGCCAAGGCCCUGGGGAUGGAGGAUAAUAUUGGAAGUCUCGAGCCUGGCAAGAAGGCCGAUUUUGUUGUCGUCAGCCCGUACGGGUAUGGGGGACUAGGAGCAGUGCCCUGGGAUCAACGAUUGAGGACAGGUUGUGUGAGUCCGGUCACGACUGUGGUUCACGGCUGCACCGGACGAGACGUGGAUAUGACGGUGGUGAAUGGUGAAAUUCUGGUCCAAAAUGGCAGACUGGCCAAAGGAGGAAGAGACAAAGAGACGGAAAUUAUCCGGAUGGCCCAAGAUGCAGUCGCAAAUUUGCUUCUUCGCUGCAACCGUGAUCGCCAACCAGGACAAGAGAUUGGAGACAAACUAAUGAAGCCCUGGUCGUAUGUUUGA